GCUGCCAGUCCGGAAGGGCGACUAGCGGUGGCGGAGCCGCGGGGGGGGGGCGGUCAGAAGAUGUCGGGCAGCGAGGCGGCGGACGCCAAGAAGCUGGUGCGCUCGGCCAGCGGGCUGCGCAUGGUGCCCGAGCUGCGCGCCGCACGCAGCCCCUUCGGCCUCGACGAGCCUCCCUGGGUGCCCGACAAGGAGUGCCCAAGAUGUAUGCAGUGUGAUACAAAAUUUGACUUCAUAACUAGAAAGCAUCACUGCCGAAGAUGUGGAAAGUGCUUCUGUGACAAAUGCUGCAGUAAAAAAGUGCCUCUGCCUCGCAUGUGUUUUGUGGACCCUGUGCGCCAGUGUGCUGAAUGUGCCCUCAUCUCUCAGAAAGAAACAGAGUUUUAUGACAAGCAGCUUAAAGUGCUCAUGAAUGGUGCUUCGUUCUUUGUAACUCUGGGAACAUCUGAUAAAUCUGAGCUCAUGGUUUGUCGACUUUCCAACAAUCAGAGAUACCUGGUUUUGGAUGGAAACAGCCGCUAUGAAAUUGAAAUUGUACAGAUUUCAACUGUUCAGAUACUUACAGAGGGAUUUACACCUGGAGAAAAAGAUAUUCACACUUACACCAGCCUUCUGGAGAGCCAGCAUAUUACUGAAGGAGGUAAUACUCGUGCCAUAGGUAUGAUUCUACAGUAUAAAGUACCAGGAUCAGAGGAGCUAACACAGAUGAAGUUUACAGCCAGUGAAGACUACAGCUCUAACAAGAAAUUGUCAGCAAGCUGGCUGGCAGCUAUGCAUAAGGUAAGCAAGGGAGGCUUAAGAAAGUCUUUGCAAGGUGCUUUGUAACAGAAGUGAAACUUCAAGCAGUCAAUACAGUAAUGUUUUCUUUUCAUAUUAGGCAACAAAACUUCUUUAUGAGUCUCGGGACCAGUAAGAACAGCAGACUGUUGGCAGCUGGAGGGAAGACACCAGCCUCGAAGGACCUGCCUCUCACUUUGCUAACCUGGCGGCUAGGUAACGCUUGUUCUUCUUGACCUUUUGUCAUUCCAGUGUGGUUCAUUCUGUAAGAUCUGGCAACUACAAUGUUUUAUUUUGAACCAUGAGUAUUCACUAUAGUGUGCAAUAUGUAUACAAUUAAUGCUUUAAACAGUCUCACCUUUUAAGACUUUGUAUAUUUUGUUAAACCUUUAUUGGCACUUAAUAUGAAAUAUGAAAGUGACCUGCACUACAGCUAAUGUACAGCACAACUUUUAUAGUAACAAUUAUAUAUACUGUUUGCCACAAAAAGCAAACAAAGGUAUAUGUCUCUUCUGCAGAGAAUAGCUUUUGGGUCUAGAUCUCAGGUUUUUCCCUCUGUCCAAAUGUUUAAAAAUCAAUGUACAAUAAAAUCUGCCUUAGAUAUGAUUUUAUAGAAGUCAAUUGAUUUUUUAACACAUUUCACCAAAUACCACCGAAUUGGAAUUACAUGAUUGUGAACCUUCCCUUCUGUAAUAACUAAGCUUCCAGAAUAAUUUUUAGUUUUGUAUUUUCUUUUUGGUAACUAGCUUUUGUUAAUCUAACUGUAAUGGUAUCUGGAAUUGUAUACAUUUUAAUGUACAAAUAUGAAUAAAUUAAUUCACUUAUUUAAAAAAUAA